CGCGCCGCGCCGCCCGCCCCUCUGCGGCCGCCCGCCGAGCGAUCCCGCGGCCCCCGCGCUGGCUGGCUCCCUCCCGGCGAGGGUCGCGGUGCGCCUGCGCCCGGGCGAGGGGCGCCGUCCCCCGGCCUUUCCCUGGGACUGGCCAGAGCCACAGGGAAGAUGGUGGAAAAUUCACCGUCGCCACUGCCAGAAAGAGCGAUUUAUGGCUUUGUUCUUUUCUUAAGCUCCCAGUUUGGCUUCAUACUUUAUCUUAUGUGGGCUUUUAUUCCUGAAUCUUGGCUGAACUCCUUAGGCUUAACCUAUUGGCCUCAAAAAUAUUGGGCAGUCGCAUUACCUGUCUACCUCCUUAUUACUAUAGGAAUUGGUUAUGUACUCUUAUUUGGAAUUAACAUGAUGAGUACUUCUCCCCUCAACUCGAUUCAUACGAUCACAGAUAACUAUGCUACAAACCAACAAAAGAAGAAAUACCAAGAAGAGGCCAUCCCAGCAUUAAGAGAUAUUCCUAUUAGUGAAGUAAACCAAAUGUUCUUUCUCACAGCCAAAGAACUUUACACCAGAAAGUGAGUCGCAUGUAAACAUGCUACCAUCAAGCAUGAUAAGUUUUUGACAGAAUAAUUUUGCCCAUAAUUAUACUAUUUUCUCUUAUUGCUCAAUAUUGAAAUGUAAAAAAAAGAAAGUCAUUCUCUUAAGUAAAUUUUGAUUAAUAUUGUAAAUGUUUUCAAACAUUCAUUAUUAAUAGAAUAAAUAAAAUACUUCAUUACCUUA